AUGGUUACUCGCAAAAGAACUCGAAAAGUAUCGCUCGAGAAUAGAAACGGCAGGUUGGGCAGGCCAAGAGGUCGAAAGCCAUCCAAAAAACAAGGAGAAUUGCUGGCAAAAUUAGAUUUAAAGCGCAAGCCUCACAAAAGUACAAAUCUCUACAACUCUAAAACUCCGAACAAACUAAAAAAUGCAAAAUUAGCCCCGAGAUCGGUGUACCAAUAUAAAACAGGACCCACAUUCGAGUUUGUUAAUGAUUAUUUUAAAGUUUUUGGUUUGAGAAACGCUUCUCCUUUAUUUUUCAAUCUUUGCCCUCGAAUUGAUCGUGGUUUCGAGUUUGUCGAUAAUGAGUGGAUAGGAUAUAAAAGGAACUACAUUUCUUUAGUUACUUCCUUCCUCGUACCUGCUCUAGAAAUUACCGAUUUUUUGUCCGACACGUACCAAAUUUGCAUAUCUAGUGGAGAUCAAAGUGUAUGGGUGAAAGUAGACUACUUUGCCGUCUGUAUUAAGGCGAGUCGAGAAGUUGAUGGGAGUGAAGUGAAAUUGGUACAACACACUCCUAAGAGGGAUAAAGGUCCACAGUUUACACCACACAUUAUUCCAGUAAUUCCUGCAUUACUCCCUGACACUGAAACAAUAAUGGAGACGUCCAACCUGAAGAAUUCUGAUAAGAUCAAAACGUACGAAAAUGAAUUCAUCCUCAACAAAAAUGACAGGAUGUUCAACAAGAUUAAUACUUCUAAAAGGUCAAACCUCAUGAAGACGUACCCGGAGGAUAUACUACAAAAACUUGCAAGGUAUGAAAGAAUACAAUUUUCCAAUUCGAAUAGUUUCACGAGGCCGACGAAACCAAACAAACAUUUUAGACUUCAUGUGGUACUUGGCGCGGUCAUCAAUACCGGGGAAAAUAGCGAUUUACAAUUGGAUAACCAUUUAGAAAAAGUAGGUCUUGAAAAUGGGGAAGAGGUAUAUUUUGCCCAUAUUCAAGAGAUGAAAACCCCGCCAUUGAUAAUCCGGGGUAAAUCAAGGGCCAAUUAUAAUGCAUCAAAAGAAGUUGAACUUAAGGAAGUGGAUAAAGGGAUCAGCGCCUCCAAACCAAAACAACCUCAAGAACAAGAUAACAGAGUAGACGCUAUUUACCGGUAUCCAAACUACCUUGAAGAUAUUACCAAUAAAGUGUCGAGAACACAGGCGAGCUUGAAGGGCACAAACAACUUGAAAAAAAGGUCAGAUAUUAAACAUGGUUUCUCUUCUUUGCCGAGACUUCUCGGAAAUAACAACAGUAUGGAACAGGAAACAGAAUCUGCAAUUAUGGGGGAAGAAACGGCUCAAAGAGGGGAAAAUGAAAGAAAUAAUAGCAUUUACCCGAAAGUAAUCAAGUCAUCUACGAGUCAUUUAGCAAGCACAAAGAUGAGUCGAAAGAUUAUUAGCACUAGUGACAAAAAAAUGGAACAGUUGACUGAAGUUGAACCUAUUAUAGGUCCACUAUUAGACGGAUCCAAUCUUUCCGAAAGACAUUACAAUGAUAAUGAUGAUGAUGAUGCCAAUGACGAUAGAAUGUACACGAGCUCGAGAAGUAAUGAAGUAGUAAAACUCAAAAAUAUCGAAGUAACGACUAGUUAUCGGUUGAUAAAGCAAAAACGUGUUGUCGUCGGCUCGCUCUCGUUGGCCCCGCAAUCAGGACCAGUUCUACCUAGUGGACACGACCCCUGUGGAUUUAUGCCAAAGAAUACAUUCGAGAAAAGAAAAGUGGACAACUCUAUUACGACAACAACCACAACAACCACAACCACGACAACCACCACUGCAAUAAAUGACCAAAGACAGGAACAAGUGGUUCCCAGUGACCUUUCAUUUACGUUUUUACAGAAUAAUUUUCUCCAUGCCGAUGGCAACUCAAUUUUCAAUCCGAACAGUGAUAGUUCAAAUGUCCACGAGCUUUCAAAACUUCUGGAAGAAACUUAUUUGCCGCUUCCGGAAGGUUUCACUGAAUUUGAAAACAGAAGCGUUCCACUCUUCACGGAUAUAUCCACCGCCCAUUACCAAAGUCAUACAGAACACUUUACUUACGAAGGAAAUUUUUUGGGAGACAGUAUGAGUUUCAGCAGCGACAGUCUGAGGGAACGGGUGUGCCCCUAA